AUGAAGGUGCCUUCAUUCCACUUGAUUAAUUUUUUAGGAGAUACAAGCAAGGUUGAAAAUCAAGUACAUCAACGAAGUAAGGAUGACGAACCAGAGGAUUUGGAAUCAAAUGGUAUCAAUUUGUUUGAUAUACGUAGACGAACACCAGCCGAAUAUUCAUUAAAUAUUUUAAAAGAAUUAUUUUCAAGGGAAGAACUUCAAACAAGAAAACUACCGCGAAAUCGGCUGUUGAAAAAGUUAACAAAUUAA